CUGUUGUCACGUCCCUGUCAUUUAAUCUCGUGUUUAUUUAAGAAACAGGCUGCGCCGCAUUUCAUUCCUGGUCCGGAUUCACGGCCCUCGGCUGCCCCGGCAGUCUCCUCCCCAUCGUGCGAUGACCGGGCUGUCUGCAGACUUAUGUAACCCCCUGCCAAAAUCCCGGUUUCCCCCCCGUAAAAGGCCAGAAACCUACAGGUUGUGUCGUGAGACCCCCACCGACCCUGCUGUGCGUUAAGGCAGACGUGAAACGUCGCUGUGUGGUUUUUUUUGUUUUAAAGAAAAGACGGUAGUGAACGUCGAGGUCACUCGGAGCGGACUGGCCCUGGUUGGCCGGACUGGACGCUGCGGGGGCUCUAAGAUGUCUCAGAAGAUCAAGGCAGGCUCGGUGGUGGAGAUGCAGGGAGACGAAAUGACUCGGGUCAUCUGGGAGCUCAUUAAAGAGAAGCUCAUCUUCCCCUACCUGGAGCUCGACCUGCACAGCUACGAUCUCGGCAUGGAGAACCGCGAUGCGACAGACGACCGGGUGACGGUUGAGGCAGCGGAGGCAGUCCAGCGUUACAGCGUGGGCAUCAAGUGCGCCACCAUCACGCCAGAUGAGAAGCGAGUGGAGGAGUUCAAGCUGAAGCAGAUGUGGCGCUCGCCCAACGGGACCAUCCGCAACAUCCUAGGAGGCACGGUGUUCAGAGAGGCCAUCAUCUGUAAGAACAUCCCCCGCCUGGUGCCCGGCUGGGUCAAACCCAUCAUCAUUGGCAGACAUGCCCACGGAGACCAGUACAAAGCCACGGACUUCGUGGUGCCCGGGCCCGGGAAAGUGGAGAUGACCUACACGCCCGCCAGCGGAGAGCCGGUUAAGUUUGUCAUUCACAAGUUCGAGGGCACGGGGGGUGUAGCCAUGGGGAUGUACAAUACAGAUAAGUCCAUAAGGGACUUUGCCCACAGCUCCUUCCAGAUGGCGCUGUCCAAAGGCUGGCCUGUCUACCUCAGCACCAAGAACACCAUCCUGAAGAAGUACGACGGGCGCUUCAAAGACAUCUUCCAGGAGAUCUACGAGAAGGAAUACCGCUCUCAGUUGGAGGCCAAAGGCAUCUGGUACGAGCACCGUCUCAUAGAUGACAUGGUGGCCCAGGCCAUGAAAUCUGAGGGAGGCUUCAUUUGGGCCUGCAAGAACUACGAUGGAGACGUGCAGUCUGACUCUGUGGCACAAGGCUACGGGUCCCUGGGUAUGAUGACCAGUGUGCUGGUCUGUCCUGAUGGACGCACAGUGGAGUCUGAGGCCGCCCACGGCACAGUGACCCGCCACUACAGACAACACCAGCAGGGAAAGGAGACCUCCACCAAUCCCAUAGCCUCCAUCUUUGCAUGGACGCGGGGCCUGCUCCACCGGGCAAAGCUGGACAACAACGCAGAGCUGCGAGUGUUCUCUGAGGCACUGGAGGCCGUCUGCAUCGAGACCAUCGAGGCUGGUUUCAUGACCAAGGAUCUGGCGAUCUGCAUCAAAGGACUGUCAAACGUGACACGUGCCGACUACUUGAACACCUUUGAGUUCCUGGACAAGCUGGCAGAAAACCUGAAGAUGAAGCUCACCAGCCAGCCCAAACUGUGAUCGCGUCUCCCAGCGUCCGCAGUCAAACACAGACCCAAACGCAUUCAAACACACACCCGUGCACACGGAGACACCUAUGCAGCUGCUGGAUUUAACCCUGGAGCAGGGAGGAGCGUACCCAGGGCUCCAGGAGAUCAAGUCAUUCCUGAACUUGGGGUCCGAUCGAGCAGGGUGCCUUGUCCAGAAGAAAAGAGGGAUGGAGGCUUCCGAUCAGUGUAGGCCAACAUCCCUGGUGACCAAUCCCUCGUAGACAAAAAGCCAUACUUGAAAACACAACUCACACUUUAACAGUGUCCAGGAAUGACACUGGACACCCGCUGGUGACCUGAUGGCUCAGUGACCUUGUUUACCCUAAUUGUACUAGGUCCCCUGAAGUGAGUGUGAUGUGUGUGUGUGUGUGUGUGUGUGUGUUUGUCAGUAUUUGUCGGUGAUCUGUGGUAGGCAGGGGACAGAAUUGGUCUGAGGGAGAGGCUCUAGACCCUCACUGCCUUAUUCGUUUUGUGUGGAAGUCAUCGGUUGAUCCUGGUCGUCUCCUGCGUCUUGUAAUGUUUUAAUGAUACCUCAGGCAACGCUAUGUUUUAAAACUCUCAGCAUGGUAGUAGGGACCGUGCAUACCAGGAAGUUUGACUGUUGCGCAUCAUUAAACACAUAAUAUGUGGACUGACACGGUCCUUUAUAGCAAUCAAACAAGGGUUUCCGACUCUUGCUACGCAAUUUGUAGACAAAGUGCAUCAGACUACAAUACACGCUUUUAGAUUUUGUACUCAUGUUAACUUUACAAGUCACAGUUGGUGUAGAAGUGUAUUUAUUUGUCCGUCCAUUUGUGUGUGUCUGUGUGUGUCUGCGUGUGUGCAUUAAUAUCCACUUUGCCAUCAGCGAAAAUAUCUUCAUCACAGCAUCUUCAUCAACCUGUGGGUCUGUUGGUUUCUAAAGGGCACUGGGCUCGUUCUUUCCUCAUGUGAUAACUCGUAAUAAAUGAGUUUUUGAAGAAACUGA